AUCAAAAACCCUAAUUCCUUCUUAUCUUGUUUGAUUUUGGUUCUUUCCGUUUAAUUUAAUUUUAUCCCCAAAAAAAAAAAAAGUUUGCAUUUUUCACUCUUCUACCUCAGUUUCAGAUCUUCGAUUCCGCCAUUUUUGUUUCUUCUUCUAACUAUUAUGCGAACUCAGUUUCGUUCUUCGUGAUUCCUAAAUGACAAUGAUCUUCUUCUCUAAGCUUGGUCGCUCCAUUUCUCGUUCAAGGGGAGUUUUGAACGGUGGUGGUGUUAGAUCGGCGGUGUUAAACGAGGCGAGGUUACUUGCUCCGUCAGGUCUUGAGGCGGCGUCUGUUAAUCAAGUGGAAGGUGGAUUAGGGUUUUUGAGGCGGCACUUUGCUUCUUUAGGUUCUCGGAAAGGUUUAGUCAACAAUGAUUUGAUUGGUGUUUUUGCUAAUCCACGACUUCGUAGAUUCUUCUCUGAUGAAGCUCCUAAGAAGAAGAAUUAUGAGAACUAUUUUCCUAAAGAUACAAAGCAAGAACCCAAGAGUGAUCAGAAAUCAGAUCAUAAAGAGGGCUCAGAUAAGAAUGAAAAUGAGAACGUGGGAGAUAUGUUCAUGAAUCGAUUCCAAAAUUUGCUAAUUCCUCUACUAGCUCUUGGUCUGUUCUUUUCUUCCUUUUCGUUUGGCCCUGGGGACCAACAACAGAUUAGUUUCCAGGAGUUCAAAAACAAGCUUCUCGAGCCUGGUCUAGUUGACCACAUAGAUGUUUCAAACAAAUCAGUAGCAAAAGUCUAUGUGAGGAGCUCACCGAAAGACCAUCAAACAACUGACGUUGGCCAAGGCAUUCCUGCUAAGAGAACUGGUGGUCAGUAUAAGUACUACUUCAAUAUUGGUAGUGUCGACUCUUUUGAGGAGAAACUUGAAGAAGCUCAAGAAGCAUUAGGUGUUGAUCCUCAUGAAUAUGUUCCUGUUACAUACGUCUCUGAAAUGGUCUGGUAUCAAGAGAUCAUGAGGUUUGCACCAACUUUAUUGCUCUUGGGUACACUUAUCUAUGGGGCAAGACGGAUGCAAGGCGGAUUGGGUGUGGGAGGAACCGGUGGAAAGAAUGGUCGUGGAAUUUUCAAUAUAGGAAAGGCUACAAUAACGAGAGCGGAUAAAAAUUCCAAGAAUAAGAUAUAUUUUAAGGAUGUUGCUGGAUGUGAAGAGGCUAAACAAGAAAUUAUGGAGUUUGUACAUUUCCUUAAGAACCCAAAGAAGUAUGAAGAUUUGGGGGCUAAAAUCCCGAAAGGUGCGCUUUUAGUAGGCCCACCUGGAACCGGGAAGACCCUUUUAGCAAAAGCUACUGCAGGGGAAUCGGGUGUGCCGUUUCUGUCUAUAUCUGGUUCAGAUUUCAUGGAGAUGUUUGUUGGUGUUGGGCCUUCGAGGGUGAGACAUUUGUUCCAAGAGGCUAGAGCAUCUGCACCGAGUAUUAUAUUUAUAGAUGAGAUUGAUGCAAUUGGUCGGGCAAGAGGACGUGGGGGUUUAGGCGGUAACGAUGAGCGUGAGAGCACUCUGAAUCAGUUGCUAGUUGAGAUGGACGGUUUUGGUACAACCGCUGGAGUUGUGGUUCUUGCUGGGACCAACAGACCGGAUAUUUUGGAUAAAGCUUUGUUACGGCCUGGCCGGUUUGAUCGCCAGAUAACCAUUGAUAAACCUGAUAUUAAAGGUCGUGAUCAGAUUUUCCAGAUUUACUUAAAGAAGAUCAAACUCGAUCAUGAGCCAUCGUAUUACUCUCAAAGGCUUGCAGCUCUAACUCCUGGGUUUGCUGGUGCUGACAUUGCGAAUGUCUGUAACGAAGCGGCUCUUAUUGCUGCUAGACACGAAGGAGCAACGGUUACGAUGGCCCAUUUUGAAUCUGCUAUUGAUCGUGUUAUUGGUGGUCUUGAGAAGAAAAACCGGGUCAUAAGCAAAUUGGAGCGUCGUACAGUUGCAUAUCAUGAAUCUGGGCACGCGGUUACUGGGUGGUUCCUGGAACAUGCAGAGCCAUUGCUGAAGGUGACUAUAGUUCCACGUGGCACAGCGGCGCUCGGGUUUGCACAGUAUGUUCCAAACGAAAACCUUCUCAUGACCAAAGAGCAACUCUUUGACAUGACUUGUAUGACCCUCGGUGGCCGUGCAGCUGAGCAGGUAUUGAUAGGAAGAAUCUCAACGGGUGCCCAGAACGAUCUAGAGAAGGUGACAAAGAUGACAUACGCGCAAGUAGCUGUGUACGGUUUCAGUGACAAGGUUGGACUGCUCUCGUUUCCGCCAAGGGACGAUGGCUAUGACUUCUCUAAACCAUACAGCAACAAAACCGGUGCGAUCAUAGACCAGGAAGUUAGGGAAUGGGUGAGCAAAGCUUAUGAGCGGACCGUAGAGCUUGUCGAGGAACACAAAGAGAAAGUGGCUGAGAUCGCGGAGCUUUUACUAGAAAAAGAAGUCCUUCAUCAGGAUGAUCUUUUGAAAAUUCUAGGUGAACGUCCGUUUAAGUCGGCAGAGGUGACUAAUUAUGACCGGUUUAAGUCUGGGUUUGAGGAUAAUGAGAAGGACUCAACCACCACACCGAGAGUGGAGCCUGUUGUGGAUGAAGGAGCUCCUCCGCCGCUUGAACCGCAGGUUGUUCCGACGUAAGAGAAACGUCACUGUUACAAUUGUAAAUUUUAAUUAAGAAUGCAAUAACACAAAUCCAAAAGAAAAAGUACUCUUAGGAACUUUGUUAGCAAUGAAUAUUUUAAUUUGUGUUCUAGAUUAUUGCUUCUAAUAAGAUUUUGGGUUAAAAUUGCA